GCUCCAUCGUUGGGUCGACGGCCGCAGCCUUUUCCCUGAAACCUGAUAUUAUGCAGGGAACAAGGGGCGCUGCACGGAUUAAAGGGGAACAAAGCACCGGUUUAGAAAACGUUUUACAAACUGGCAGUAUUAGCCAACUAUGGUCGACCCCUCGGAGGCUGAGGAGCAGAACAAGUGUAAAGGCCCGCAGCUCGACACACCGGCUGUGGCCCCUGAAGACCCUCGACUGCCAGAACAGGCUGAUGGCACAACAACAGAGGAUGACGGGGAUGCCGGUUUCGAGACGCCGCCCACCGGCAGUUCUGAGGCGAGCCCCUGCCACGCUGUAUCUACAGCAGGGCCGGACCCCGCCUCUCAGGGGCCCCAACCUGAGCCACCACAGACCCAGACUGACAGAGACACAUCACCAAAGUUGCACCUGGACCUGUACAACUUUGACUCACCAGCUGCAGAGGGCAGCCGCUACGUCUUAACAAGCCCUCACUCUCUGGAGGCGUGUGCUCGAUGCGGGGUCAAACCUGUGGAGCUCCUGCCCCGCCCGCUGGCUGACUUCGCCCGUGAGGCUCCCGGGCGCUCCAUGCGUGUUGCGACAGGCCUGUUUGAAGUCUACGAGAGAGACAGACACGGCAAACUGAGGCAGUGCAGGGAGGAGAGGGAGAGGAUCAUCAGAGAGGAAAAAAGAAGGAUUCUGCAGGCAACAGUCAAUACCAGCAGCAGUGCGUCACCCUCCUCUGUGGAGCAGCAGCACAAAAACCCCUCUAGCUCCACUCAGCCUCCUAAAUCUGGGCCGGUGACCUCCAGCUCAGCUCCUGAUUUUGGAGCGUCCUCUACAGCCGCAGCAUCAGGUCCAACCUCUAAAACGGGCACAUCCCUUUUAUCUAAAGCUCCACCCUCCAGCACCUCGCCGAAAUCUGCCCAUGCAGGAUCUACUCAGUCCUCAAAAUCUGGUUCCACCACCUCCACACCGUCCUCGAGGGCUGGCUUCCAAGGAUCCGCCAAGCAUCUUCUGUCCUCAUCUGAACAAGCAAAGCCCACACGGCCGCUCUCAUGCGGGCCUCCACCGGUCAUCAGGAAGUCUUCAGGCGGUAAAUCUUCAAACACUUUUCCCAGAUCAACACCCAAACCCCCGUCCUUCCCCAGAGCCAACUCCACACUGACAUCAUCCGUCACAAAGCCUGCAGUUCAGAGUCCUGGGAAGCCUCAGAACGGCGUCACGGGAACACCAGUCUCUCAGCACAAUGGGCAUCUUGGCUUUCACUCCAAGGUGAAAGGAAAAAGCCAUUCGCUGGAGUCCCUGCAGCGGAAGAUAGAUCCGGUCUGCUCCUCCACCUCCACCACUACAACUACAACUACAUGCACCUCUUCAGAGUCAGGUGCAUCCUCCUCUUACAGCUGGGAUGGUCCGCGAGAUUACUGGGCCAAAGUCUCCAGCCCUCGAGCUCGCACUAUGGCCACUUUCAACUCCCUGAUGGGCCGCAGCCUCAGCCUGGGCGACCUGAGCCACUCUCUCCAGACGACGCAGAAGGUUGAGCGCAUAGUGAAGGAGGUGAAGCGCCGAGGCCUGAAGGCCGUGUCCGAGCGCGACCGCAAGAUCGCAGCUUUGAUGCUUGCCAGAUACCAGGAGGAAGACAUCAUGAGUCAGACCCGCUACGUGGCUCACCUGCAGUGGGACAGUGAACGCAGAAUGGAGGAGCUACGACGAGAGCAGGAGGAGAGAGAGAAGCAGCGUGCAGUGCUUCAGUGCCAGCGGGUGUGGCAGACUCAGGUGUCAAUACGCCAACGAAGACUCAGCCAGCAGGAGCGCCAGUCAGCUGCCGCCAAGAUGCGUCAGGCUGAGGAGAGCGAGGAGCGAUGGAGGGAGCUCGCAGAGCAGCAGGAGCGCAACCGUCUACUGAGGUUACAGCAGGCAGCGCGAGAGGAGAAGCAUAAGAAAGCUCUUCAGGAGCAGAACCUGAAGGCGCUGGAGGAGGAGAGGGCGGCCAUGCUGGAGCAGGAGAGGCUGCUGCUGAAGGAGAAGCUCACCAUGGCGGAGCUGAAGAGGCAGGAGAAGGAGCACCAGGCCCAGGAGGACAGACGAGGUCUGAACAAAGCAGAGAAGAGACGUCACGCUGCCCUGAUACAGGAGAUCGCCCGCAGAGAGCAGGAGGAGAGGGAGGAGGCCAGAAGGGCAGCGGAGGAGAAGCUCAGCCGCUCCUUGGAGAAUUAUGAACAGAUUGUUGAGCGUCGAGGGCAAGAGCUGAAAGAAAAGGCCAAGCGCGAGGAGCAGCAGAUCCAGAAAGCACGCAAGGCAGCGGAGAGGCGUGAGAGGCAACAGCAGCAGCUGCUUGAAGCUCGUGUGAAAGAGGCGGAGAAACGAGCCCAGCAGGCAGCUUUAGUGGCCGAGGAGAAGGCCAAGGAGAAAGCUCAGAGGGCCAUCCAGAGCCGGCAGGAGAAGGAGAAACUCCAGAGGCUCAACAGGCAGCGAGUGGAGGAGGAGGAGAAGCAGAGGCGUCUGGAGCUGCUGCAGUCCAUCGAGAGGAAGCUGGAGAAGAGCGAGCAGAUCUUCAAGGAGAAGAGGGCGGUUCUGGAGAGCGCUCGCUCUGUGGCUCGGGCCUCUUUUCAUGUUCGAGACAAAGUGCGGGAGGAGACCAACAUGCGCACAUUUGAUAAGAUGGCUCUGGAAGCUCAACUGAAAGCCAGCCUGGAUGAGAAAUAAACUCACAGCUUUGUUGUGGACCCCCUAACUUCUGGUCAUGUGCUCGGCUCCUGCCUUCAUUAUGACCCUCAUCACUCAACUGCUUCUUCCCAUUAAGACCCACAGUGUUUUUUUCUCCUUACAUAUCACCAUCAGCUGGUUUGAUUCUAUUUUUGACUACCUGUUUUUAUCAUGGAUCAUAUCAAAGCAAACCAAAAUAUUUUGUAUCAUGGAUGUAAUGAAAGUUUCUCAGCUGUUAUAAAUGACCAGUAAAGCCUGCGUGGGACUUAAAGUGGACUUCAUAUUAGAUGAGAGUGUGCAGCAGCACAGCCCCUCCUCUCGUUCUUUUUGCCCUCUGUUCUGUAUAUCUCAGCUACUGGACUGAAAGCUGUGCGGGAAUGAAAAGAGUCAUUGUUUACCAGGAAGCACAACUCCAUGACAACUGCAGAGGCUUUUAAGGGAGCACUCCAGAAAGGGAAAAUUAAGCGCAAAUGGUCCCAGACCCCCAAAGCAAAUGAGGGAUCCUUUUGUACACACACUGUGACACAGCUAGAUAUAGCAUGGAAAUGAAGCCCCGGGCUGGACACUUGUCUGUACCUAACCGCUGACAAUGCAGCACAGGAGGGGCCGUGUGCACGAGCCCCGUGCUGAUGAAGCAUCAGAGGACGCAGAUUCCUGCAGCAAGGGCUGUUCUUCCCUUCCUGUUCCUCCCUUCAAGGACUCCCUUUGUCUCUUCUCUUCAUGUCAGAUUAAACAGUGAAGCGCUCUGAGAAACAACUCUUGACUCCCUCCAAACACAACCGCCUGGUGACCGAGUCAAGGUCAACAGUGUAGCAGUGGAAUCAGAUGCCAUAUUGACUGAUGACGUGGCCAAGGGGGAGCGUGUAGAGGGUGGCGCCGAGGACCGACCCCUGAGGGACCCCGCAGGUGACAGUGUGUGUCCGGCACCUCCCAUGGAGACAUACUCUGUUCUGUUAGUGAGGUCCCGAACGAGAGCUGCUGAUGUAACCAACAAUCCUUUUCUUCCCACACUGAACUUUAUCAAAGUGCAAAACACAACCAGUCCCUCCUCUGAUGGAAUACAUCAAUAUCAAGAGUUUUGUGGGUUUUUUUGGUUUUUUAAAAAAAUGAUUUUAAACUAGUAACAGUGCCAUCUGUUGUGCUGCUGAGAACAGGAACCCAGAUAUGAACCAACCGCCUUUUACCUGGAUAAAUGAAAAGACUAGACAGGGUUCAAACACAGCUUUAUUAGCAUCAAGGCAUGUUGUUCAGUCCAUAUUAUGUUCCCUCUUACCUUAACCCCGACAUGUGGGCUUCUUUUCUGUGUCAGUUCUGGUGUUAAGUUAUCAUUUGUACAUUAUCAUAAUUACACUGAGUUGCUUCGUCAAGGACAGAUUUUUCAGAUGUAGCAAUAAUGAAAUGGUCAGUGAUCGCCGUCAGACAUCUGUGAGUUCAUUGUUUUCAUAAAACCUCUGUUAAAGUAAAGGACACAAUCCGUGUUACAGUCAAAACCAGAAGAAUAAAAACAAACAUUUUACAAGAUGGAUUUGCAUUGUCUGUGCUAUCUGCUAAAUCUCCCGUUUUAGA